AUGUCACCUGAACCCGGGCAGCAAUUGAUAGCCAAACAAGAUGUCUAUAAAUCAACCAACGCUUUACUCAUUGCGGAGCCAUUCUUUAUGUCCGCCCUCGACAACACCCCAGCUUUGCAAGGCUUCUACGGCUGGACCGACACUCUAAAGGGAGUGUAUUAUGGUCCAGGUUCUGUCGUAACGGCGUUGCCGAAACUACUGAAUACACUUGGUGUCAAGAAAGCAUUAAUCAUGACAGGAAAGAGCUUGAUGAAUAAGACCGAUGUGGUACGAAAGGUAGAGGGAAUACUCAGACAACACGACGCAUACGGUGCCACAUUCUUCGAAAUCGGGGAACAUUCUCCUAUCGCUGGCAUCCGCAACGGCAUCAAAGCGUUCCAGGAGAAUAGUUGCGAUGUGAUCGUAUCAAUUGGGGGAGGCUCUCCAAUCGAUGCGUCGAAAGCCAUCCUAUAUAACAUCCAGCAACAAGUUGGAGGGUUGACCCCGCGUCAGAUCGCGAUCCCCACAACCCUCAGCGCUGCCGAAUAUACGAUUGGUGCUGGGUUUACCAAUGACGAAGGCCAAAAGGUGGCUGUUAGCUCAUAUGAGUUGGCUCCGGCAGGCGUCAUCUUGGAUGCAGAGUUAACACUUGCGACACCUGAGCGUCUCUGGCUUUCCACUGGAGUUCGUGCCCUCGAUCACGCUGUUGAGAAUCUAUACAGACCUCUGGUCUCGCAACCAGUCAAGUUUCUUUGCUACGGCGCAAUCAGAGAUCUUUUCAAGUAUCUUCCAGACUCCAAAGCAAAUCCGACAGAUGUUGGCGUCAGACAAAAGCUACAGCUGGCCUCGUGGAUGAGUCUUUGGCCGAUGAAGCAAGAAAAGUACAGUGCAUUGGGUCUUUCGCAUUCACUCGGGCACAAGUUGGGUGCCAAGUACGGAAUUCCUCACGGAAUAACAUCGUGUCUUACGCUAUCUCCAACUGUUGCGCUGCAAGCAGAAAUAGCAUCCGCUGAGGAUCGGGAAUGCCUGGCAGAAGCACUGUUUUUCCUUCGCGAACCAUCGACAGGCUCUGUCGAAGGGGAUGUGCGCCGUCUAUCAACGUUAAUCAACGAACUUGUUGUCAGUCUUGGAUUGCAAUCCAGUCUGACCCAAUACAAAGUUCCUAAAGAAGAUUUCAAUUUCAUCGCAUCUGCGGCAUUGGGGGCGCAGGCUGAUUCAGUCCGGUUGGAGAAGGUGAUCCAGCUUCUGGAGGGUAUAUAUAACCCUAACAAAUUGUGAUAUACUUACGCUUGGGCAUGCGCAUACAUAUUCUUGUACCGAAGUUGGCAGUCUAUGCUUUAUUGAACUAAUAUUAUCGCAACAUUGAACUG